UGUCAGUAUGCUGAUCUGAAACUCACACACUCCUCUGCAUCUGAAUCGACUUCUCUUUUGAUCAUCAAACAGGUCACCAUGUCCCCCAACGUGGCCUACAACAACAGCUGUGCGGAACACAUCAGCAUCUUCUCCGUGUGCAUGUACUCCUUCAUCUCCACCGUUGGCCUGGUCUUUAAUAUCCUAGCACUGGUGUUUUUCUUCAGCCAAACCAAAUCCAGAUCUCAAACGAUAGUCUACAUGACUCACCUGGCCAUAGCAGACAUUCUGCUCAUCCUCACAUUGCCCAUGAGGAUCUACUACCAUCUGGGAUCUACCCUUGAUCAGCGGAUCUGUGAAGUCCUCGGUUUGGUCCUCAAGGCCAACAUGUAUGGAAGCAUCUUUCUCCUCACUUGCAUUUGCUUCGACCGCUGCAUGGCCGUCAGCUUCCCUAUGUCGUCUCGAGUCCAGGCAGGGAGAAAGAAAGUUCCGUGGAUUUGUCUCGGGAUAUGGAUGCUCACCUUUGGAGCCAGCCUGCCCAUCUAUCUUACCAAGCGCAAUUAUGUUAACAACACGGAAUGUUUCGACAGCCUUCCUGUUUACGCUACAAACCCGGUGGUGGUUUUUCCAACCCUGAUUGUGGGGUUUGGGAUCCCACUGGUCAUCAUGUUGAUCUGCUCAUGGGGUUUGGUCCGUGCUGUCCAACGUAGCUCUGUGGCUCAGACCAACUUAGUGGACAGCGGGAAAAUCCAGAGGAUGAUUGCCACCAGCCUCCUCAUUUUCCUGCUCAGCUUCCUCCCUUAUCAUACCAUCCUGGCCGUCCUCUCUCUGUAUAAAGAAGAUAUAUCCUGCCCCAUGCGUACUGCAUACCGCUACAGCCUGAUGAUGGCGUGUCUCAACACAGUGCUGGAUCCUGUUGCGUACUAUUUCACCACGGACACCUUCAAGAAGAACGUGGACAUGGGCACUGUUCGGAGGAUGUUUCUGUUGAAUAGUCAAAGUUCCGAUGUGAACAGGAGCAGGAUGCCCAACAGCUAAAGGACUCAACAGACACACUGAAAAACAGAAACGUUGACAUUAAUGAAUGUAUUAUAUCAACAGAUUUCACAUACAGUAACUGAAUUAGGUUGGUUGAAUCUAAUAUAUUUUUUAACUUAAUAUUAUUGCUUUUUACUAACCUAAAUAAUGACGUGUGACACAAUACAUUUAAUUAAAGUCAACCUUUACAUUUUUUGAAGUGCAUGCAACAUAUCAAAUCUGAUGUUUAACCUAACAAUGAGGACAUUUUGGGAUCAUUUCUAUAAUGUAAACCCCAGAGAAUGACAAUGUAUGUAAGUCCCUUAAGUAUUUCACCCUGUCCCUUUAUUGCUUGUGUUUUAUACAUCAUGGAGCAUUAUUUAUGCAUAUUUUUAAGGUUAUCAAAUAAAUACUAUGCUAUCUAUCAGUGAGUAUGGAUAACUGAACUUAAAUAAAAUGAAUAAUUAUAAAAGGAUAGACAUUUUUUAUGAUAGAUGCAAUAUGAAAUAGCUAAUAUGAGAUGUAUAAAAAACCUCUUUAAUUUCUGCAUUAAAUAAGAUCAAGUGCAAGGUGUUAAAAAAAACUUAUGUGAAAAGAUAAGAGAAACAGUAAGUGCGACUUCUUGUCUGUGGUGGUCUUCUGGUUUUUUAAUUUAAAAACAUUAAAAAAAAACUGCAUUCAGUUCCACCGGGAGCAGGACAAAGUGACAUAUAUAUAUUACAGGCAAACAAGUCCAAGUCACCGAAAGAUUUUUAAUUUUUAGAACAGCUAUGGAAGGACAUAAUUGACCUAAACACACAAAGCACAACAACUUUCUCAUUCUUGUCAUUUCAUACUAAUAAUGAAUCACCGAAACCACUCUGUAUUUUUGUGAAAUGAAGGCAGGAGGAAGUAGACAUGCUUAUCUUUGGUUGACAUUGGUAAAAGAUACAUUAUAAGAUGUUGAGCUUGUAGGCCUACUGUAUGACGUCAUAAUCACUGUUGUUGUUCAGAUCAUGAUGAUAUUAAUGAUUUGGUUUCAUGUGUACAUUUAUCUGCAUAAUUCUGAGAGCUCCAUAGGCCAUAGGCCGUGGGUGGCAACAGAAGUGAAGCAUUGCGUGAGUGAAGGACAGGAACAGUCCUCGACUCUCUGCAGCAAACCCUACCUUCUGCUUUUUUUUGUGCACGAUUCUGAGAGGCAGAGGUUGUAUGGAGAAGCAGAGGCAUGUGUUCAUGUCUGUGGUUUCCUGUUUGUGUUGUAUGCUUGUGUAUCCGAGAACCCUAAAAUAAAGUCACAUAUAAUCCG